AUGGCGGAAAUCACACGAGCACAACUCUCACCUUCGGUGUUCCUAUAUAACCCGGAUCCAAAGACAGACACCAAACCUGGUCCAAAGCUUAUCAUCUUUGCGUCGUGGGCUUUUGCACAAGACACCCACAUUUCCAAAUAUGUCGCCAAACAUCAGGAGCUAUUUCCCGGUUCGACCAUUCUUGUCCUCAAAUGCUUCCUUCGCCACAUGUUUUUCCACCCGGAAGCGCGAAGGGAACUUAUCCCGGCCGUCGAGGUGAUUCGCAAUGAGCUGGGCACAGAAACAACUCCAGAUGGAAACAAAGAACCAUCCCUACUUAUCCACACCUUUUCAAACACUGGUUUGAGCACGAUCUACAAUCUCCAGGAUGUAUACGCUGCGACUGCUUCACCGGAUGACAAGGACCAAGGACGACUUCCACUACAUGCCACCGUGCUCGACUCAACACCCGGUCGGUAUGAGUACCAGUUCAUUGUCUCAGCCGUCAUGUUCGGUGUCCCCCGAGGCCGUUGGCUCCAACGCCUUGUCUCUCUCCCACUGGCGCAUCUACUUAGUUCGGUGAUGUGGAUAUGGAUGCGUAUUUUCGGGGGUCGGGACUGGGUUCCUAUAUGGGGAGAUCGAGCCAACGAUCGUUCACGUACAGUCGAGACAUGUCGGUCAUACGCCUAUAGUCGUGCCGAUCCUCUUGUUCCGCACUUUGUCGUUGAAGCCCAUGCAAAGGACGCUCGAGACAAGGGCUAUUCGAUCUUGCAUCAGGUUGAUUUUGGCGACAGUGCUCAUGUGGCCCACGCUCGAACUGAUCCGGAACGAUACUGGAAAAUUGUGAGAGAGACGUGGGAGGCUUGA